GCACCAGAUACGCCUCGCCACAAAAAUUCUUCCGUAUCGGUUUACGUGUAAAAAAGUUUUGCAACUGUAUAAUUAGCACGCAAAUCGUCUCGCUACACAACAGCCGAUUUUAUUUGCACCAGAUUAUGCUGAUGCGUUGUUUUACAACAUAUUUAUUCGGGAGCAAAGUGAUGUCCGUUAUUUAAACGACGCGUGAUGAAAGAGCGAUUAAACCUGCGCAGAGUAGUAAUAUGUAUAAUUGCCUGCCUCCCGCGCAUCCAUCCCACAGCGCACGGCAGCGCUAACCUAUUGCAUAAUCCCGCAGUGCCGGCAGGCGCAGCGGGAGCGCGCUAGUUCAUGACGGGCGCAUUCGACAUGUGCACAGCAACCAACUGGGAAGGAUUGCCACUGGAUGCGUUGAGGCGUUGUGCUGGCACACACCACUGAUCACCGCCACGCACAUACAGCACUGUACAUCGGUUACAGACGCUAGAUGAAGUUGGCAGUGUGGGUUCUGUGUGAUUAACAGCAGCCGGGAGUUUAUAGCGUGUUCGGUUAAAUGCCGGGUUAGUGUUGAUGCGUAAUGAAUGAAGUGUGCCGUGCACUUGUAUACUGUCGAUCUAUCUGGCCCGUCCGGGAUGCUGCCGGUGCGGGAGUUUUGUUAGGGUUACGAGCGCCGGGAAUGUGUCGUUGCACUCCGCUUAAUUAUUGUGACAAACCGUUCUCCUUUAUCUAAUGGCUUCUUCAUCGAUCCCCGGUUAGCGAUUUAUCUAGUGCACUGACUCAGGGUUUGGCAACGGCUAAUUUCUGGUUAAUCAGUUCAACUUUUUUUCUGGAUGAGGGUUAACUGGGACGUUGAAAUGAUUCAGCGCUUAAUUCGUUACGAAAAUCGGUAAUACUCGUUUUUGGUUCAUCUGUGUAUAACGAUUUUUUAAACGCUGGUCGAAUAAGCCGGUUUUUUAUCUAGCCAGCGCAGGAAUAUUUUUAACUGUCUUUUGGUAAUUUUGUCGGCUGACUGAUUUCCUGUUUUCGCAAAGCGAAGCGAGCGAAGCGACCAGCUUAUAUUUGCCGAAGGGAAGCAAAAAUAUUUUUCAGCGUUAGCUCGGAAUUUCGCCGGCUAUCUAAUAUCGUUGUGUUGGUUUGGCGGGGCGUUUGUUUCACCUUUACUACGCGAGCGAAGCGCCUCUUCAAAACAUUUAUUUUUGGUCUACUCGAAGCUUUGCCGGCUGAUUAAUUUUCCAUUAUCGUUUGCAAGACGAGCGAAGCGAUUGGGCAACGCGAUAAUUUUUCACGCAACUGCUUAUAAUUUUUCUUGUUUGCUCCCAUUUUUGGACGAGCGAAGCGACUGUUCAACGGCCUUUGGCGACCGCCACGAUCGUAUUCCGAACCCCCGUUUGAUCUGCCAUAUCAAAAAUGAGCAAUUUCACGGUGAACUACUUCACGGUGCCGGUAGACGCUCUCCCCGAGGACAUGGUCUACGGCCUGACCAACCGCGUCAUGAUCGUCGUGUACAGUCUCCUCAUGCUGGCCUCCCUACUGGUCAAUCUCAUCUUCAUCAGCAUCCUCAUCCGCCGCCGUCACCGUACCCGCACCCACUACCUCAUGAUCAACCUGUGCUUAUCCAACUUCUACCUGGUCCUCGUGGAGAUGCCGCUGCAGAUCGCCUGGAACACCAGCGUCAUGUGGACCGGCAGUGACGGAUUAUGUCGGGCGCUGGCGUAUCUCAGCAUCAUCGGACUGUACGGGAACGCGUUCUUCACGGUGGCGAUUGCGCUGGACCGGUGGCAGUCGAUUUCGCGGACGACGACCAAGGGGAAGUUGUCGUGUUUUGAGUUGCGGAAGCAGCGGACACGGUGUAUGAUCGCGCUAGCGUGGAUUAUGGCGCAUUUGUGCUCGGUACCGCAGGCCAUCAUCUUUCACGUGGAGGAGCAUCCCAAUUACAAGAACUUUUACCAGUGCGUGACCUUUAACUAUUUUACGAAAUACCAGGAAAUCGCCUAUAAUCUGGGAAUCACGUGUCUUAUCUACUGUGUACCGCUGUUGGCGCUGCUCGGUUGCUCGCUGGCGAUUUGGGUGUACAUUCACCGGCAUGCCGAGCAUUACCGCUCCACGUCCGCCAGCACGACCGCGUCCAACGCAUCCACGAAACCACUGAACAACACCAGCAGCGCCGCGAAACGCGACAGCUGGGCCGUCAACGGGCAGCGGCCCUCCAUAAUCCCGCCGUCACCCUCCCUGGGCAACCGCCUCCAGGAUCGCACCAUGCGUUUCCGCUGCUCCACGAAACGCCUGCUGUGCCGCGCGGAACGCCAGGCCUUCCGCUUAACCGUGGUCUUCCUGUUGAUCUUCAUCGGAUGCCACACCCCCUACCAGAUCAUCAGCGUCUGGCGCGUCCUCAAUCCCAGCCUGAGCGAAUGGCUGAACCCCAUCGUGCACCGACUGCUCUUCGCCUGCGGCGUCCUCCCCACCAUCGUCGACCCGGUGGCCUACGCCAAAUUCCUCAUCCCCAUCACCAACGAGCUGAAGAUCAUCAUGAACCGGCGGUUGCGCUCGCAGAGCGGCGGCCAGGCGUCACGGCGCAGUCGCACCAACAGCCCCAUGGAGCCGGAGGACCCGCUGGCCGUGUCGCAGACGGCCGCGUCCGAUGGGGCCAAGAAACAGCUGCUGGCCGUGGCGCCCGCCGCUGGGAACCGGUCGCUGUCGUUGCCGGUGGUGCACGGGACGGUGGUCAACGGGAAGUACACCUCAUCGACGUCGCUCAUCCCCAAAGGUCACGUCUUUGCCUGGACGUAAUUGCCUGAUUAAGAAAAUGUUCUAGAAUGAUUGAUCUCGUUUUUAAAGAAAACAAAAACUUUGUCGCUGGUCGCUUAAUUAAAGGGAUUCAUAUGAUGCUGCUUCUAGAUCUUCUCGGCUUUUCUAGUAAACUUAUCUUGUUGCUGGUCAGGUGUCACUAUUCUCAAGCAGACGCAAUUUGAUUGCACCGUCUCGUUUCGUUCUGUUAAUAA